AUGGGCCCCUGUACCGCCUCCUCAUGCUGCUGCCAGGCCCGUAAUCUGCCAUGGGCCCCCGUACCGACUCCUCAUGCUGCUGCCAGGCCCGUAAUCUGUCAUGGGGCCCCUGUACCGCCUCCUCAUGCUGCUGCCAGGUCCAGAGUGUGUCAUGGGUCCCUGUACGGCCUCCCAUUGCUGCUGUCUCCAUCGCCACACUCUGCCAUGUGCCACUUUCAGGUCUCCUCACACUGCUGGUGGGUUCCAUUUUGUCAUAGGGUGCUGGCAGAUUACGGGCCUCCCAUUGCUGCUGCCAGGCCCGUAAUCUGCCAUGGGCCCCCGUACCGACUCCUCAUGCUGCUGCCAGGCCCGUAAUCUGUCAUGGGCCCCUGUACCGCCUCCUCAUGCUGCUGCCAG